CGCGGAGGCAGCGCGCAGGCACCGCGGGCGGCCGGGGUAGGGCGCGCCGCGCUCCCACGCGUGGCGGCGCUCCCACGCGGGAGGACGGGCUGCGCCGCCGCCGCCCCAGGUUGAUGUCGCCAUGCAGCACUAUGGAGUGAAUGGUUACUCCCUGCACGCCAUGAACUCGCUGAGUGCCAUGUACAAUCUCCACCAGCAGGCAGCCCAGCAAGCCCAGCACGCCCCAGACUACCGGCCCUCUGUGCACGCCCUCACCCUGGCGGAGAGACUGGCUGGCUGUACAUUUCAAGACAUCAUUUUGGAGGCACGUUAUGGAUCCCAGCACCGCAAACAAAGGCGAAGUCGCACGGCCUUCACUGCCCAGCAAUUGGAGGCACUGGAGAAGACCUUCCAGAAGACUCACUAUCCAGACGUAGUGAUGAGAGAGCGGCUGGCUAUGUGCACAAAUCUACCUGAAGCCAGAGUCCAGGUUUGGUUCAAGAACCGGAGGGCCAAAUUCCGGAAGAAGCAGCGUAGCCUGCAGAAGGAGCAGCUGCAAAAGCAGAAGGACUGUGAAGGGAGCCACAACGAGGGGAAGACGGAGCCACCCGUGCUGGAGACCCAGGCCACAACGCCAGACACUGAGAAGACCCAGAGCCUCCCAAGCGAGGUAAGCACGGACCUCAAUCUCACCCUGUCGGAGCAGUCGGCCAGCGAGUCAGCACCCGAGGACCAGAUCGACAGAGAGGAGGAGUUUAAGAGCACUUUGGAUGAGGCUAAAGUGGACAAGAGCCCUGGUGUGGACGGCAAGGCUUUGAACUGCAAGAGAGCAAGCCCAAAAGCAGAGUCUCCCAUCAGCGCGACUGUGACGCCUUCAUCCAGCAGUGGCCUGGCUCAGACUCACUCCUACUCCUCCUCGCCCCUGAGCCUCUUCCGCCUGCAGGAGCAAUUCCGCCAGCACAUGGCAGCCACCAACAACUUGGUCCACUACUCCUCCUUUGAAAUGGGGACACCGUCCGCCAUGCCCUACUUGGGCAUGAACGUCAACAUGGCUCCUCUGAGCUCCCUGCACUGUCAGUCGUACUACCAGUCACUCUCCCAUGCUCAGCAGGUCUGGUCCUCACCCAUCCUGCAGGCCUCCAGCUCCCUCCCAAGCCUGAACAGUAAAACAACGAGUAUUGAGAACCUACGGCUCCGGGCAAAGCAGCAUGCGGCGUCCCUUGGGCUCGACACCCUCCCCAACUGAGCCACCAUCACCUGCAAGACGACGCACCAGAGGUUGGCACUAAAAGUGUCACUCCUUGCCCCCCUGCCCACCCUCAUCUCCUCCUGGAGUAAGGUGCUCCCUUUCAGGGAAAACUUUGCAUUUGCUAACAUCUUACUAGCACCGUGAUUGCAUCAGACAUUGCUACUGGCCUGGUCUUUGCUAAAUAUUUAAUGAGGAAGAGGGAGAGGAGGUGUUUAGGCAGGCAAACUGUCCCUCUGGACUGCCGUGAGUUAAGCCUGUCAUGUUCAGAAAAAGCCCCCUCUCCUCAUCCCUGCGAUAAUGUGCCAACUGUGUUAUAUACACCCUUUUUUGUUGUUGUUGAGUUCUUUGGGAAAACAAAGAGUCAUGCUUUGUCUUGUACAUAGUUUACGAUGUUGAAAGCACCCAUCACCCGUGUGUUACUGUCAGUGUUACAGAACUGUGACCUCUUUUGCUUUUAUUCCCCUUUCUUUCUCAGUUUUAGUAGCUAGUAUCAAAGUUACAAAUCAGCCAUCCUCCCGACCUCAGGUCACAGCUAGUUGCUCUUUUUGGGUCAGUGUCCUAAAGAAAAGAUUUGCAAAAGAAAAAUGAUUUUACAUUUCACCACUCCACUUCUCUCUUCUCUGCUAGAGCCAAUUCUGUAACGGCCAGGAAAUGAUGCAAAGGUGAAUUUCCUGCUUAAGCACUUCUGAAAAGGCAAGCGUUUUUCCUUUAAUUUUUAAUGGCACUUGUUCAAAGACAGAGGACAAAAUGCUGCCGGCUAGGGAGAAAAGCAAAAUCCAAAUUCACAGGAUUAUUUUUUACUUGAUUGUCUCCCCUUUGAUCUUCGGUGAAGUGUAAACUCCUCUAUUUACAAAUUAUGGGGUUUUCUUUUUGGAAAGCAUUUUGGUCUAGCUUUGACAAUAGAGAAUAAUAAAAACUUUGUAUGAACUCCCACUGUGUUCAUACACCAUGAAUUAUAUGGUUCUUUGACAAAACCAUGAUUAAUGCAAGCUGUGCCUAGAAAAACGCUCAGAUCACCAAACUCUACCCUCAAGCCCUGCAGCUUCAGAACCUGGUUAGCAAGUGAAAAUGUAGCAAGUGAAAAAUUUCUGAAAUGCUGGAGGCAAAGCAGGCGAUAAGCAGGGGCUUUAUAUUCUCUGGAGCUGAGGAGGAAUAGGUAAACUUGCCAGAAGAACAAGGUUUGCAAAUAACCGAAAUUCACUGGCUGCAAAGUGAUUUCAGUCAACAGCAUGGGCCUUGUUUUACUGGAAUGAGCUUUCAUUUCAGUAAUCAACCCAGAGUGGUUUUCCUUCUUGAGAAGCAAUGUUUCUGCUGAUCCAAAUUACUUUUUUUUUUUUCCAAGCCAAUCCAAAUUAUUACAUUUUUUUUCCAAGCCAAAUAAAUCCUUUGAACCCACUGCACUGAGCACUAGGGAAGGAAGAAAUCCACAUCUAAUCUGAUAUUGCCUAGGACCAACAAUCCAGACCAGCUCUGUGGCAGGUGCUAGGUUUGAAUCCAAAGGGUGUCAGCCGGAUCUGCCACUAAUGAACAGCAGAGCUGGGCUAAUUCGCUGCAGACGAUCAUCUGGUCCAUACUUGAUUUAAAGAAGUGUAGAUACAGCAUGUGCAUAGCCUACAGCCCCUCUUGCUCCUGCCUUGCUUCAUACCAAUGCAGAAGCCAUGGGUCAAAUUACCUCUUAAACACGGGGGGGCGGGGGGGGAAGAGUGUUUUUCAACUCCACUAAUGCCUCUUGAAAAAACAUGUAAAUCCUGUAAAUUGAGAUGUAAGAAUAGCUAAGUUUGGUGGGAAAUGAGGGUUUUAUCCCUCAUAAAGCUGUAGCAAGAGCAGAGCUCUGGAGGGGCAGUUCCUCGACCACACCAGAUUCCAAAGAAAAUGGAACAUCUUCCUUAAAUAGUUCUGUUCUGCCAAAUACUCCAAUUUUGGGGUUUUCUCUCCAGCUUUAGUUUUCCUGACUUUGUCAGAUCAGGUCCCGUGACCGGCAGAAUUCUUUGCUUUACCAAAACCAAAUGUAUUUGUAGGAAGUAGAUUUUUGGCUGCCACUUUCAAAGGACUCCAACUAAAUUAAAACCUCUAAAGCGCAUUUACUGUCUCCAAAAAGGUCCUUUGAACAUCCCAGCUUUCACUUUUGUAGCAGUGGGUGCCUGUCACCCAAACUGGGGACACCAGGAUAAAGCUACAUCAUGCAAGGCAAGGACACGGAGCGCAGGAGAUAAACUCACUUGAUCCAGCACUAGAUUUGCUGUGAUCCUGCCUGGGGAGACAGGACCUCCCCACCGAGCCAUGGGGGGAAACGCUUCCCUGUGCAUCAAUGCAAAAACCAAUUUUAAUAGUCAUCACCUUCACGCAUCUCACACAAUUCUGGUGCUUGACCCGCUUCAUCCCCUGUGAUACCAGUGAGAUCCCUGCAACAGGCUGAGCAGACACCAGGAACUUCCCAGAUGGAGCAUCUGGACAUUGGGAUGGUGCCAGCCCAGCCCAGAAAGCAAAUGGGGAGAGGGGACAUCUGGAUCUCUGUCACUCCCUGGGGACCUCAGUGCAGUGUCCUGCUCAUCUGCCUCUGCCUGGUGCAGCUGUGUCAGAAUAUUUCUUAUGUUGAGAUUAUUUUUCCUGUUCUGAAUCAGGAUGAAAUUAUCUAAUAUUUAAAAAUGAACUAGAGAAAAAAAACUCCAAGCCAUUGCCUUAAAUCUGUGUAAGCCCACUGAAAUAUUUUAUGCCAAGUUUGGUUAUCUUCUUACAGUCAAAAUUAACCAAAACUUCUGCAAUGAGAGUAAGCUUACGGGUAAUUAGAAAAUUGAUUUGGAAAUGCAAAAACUAAGAAUUUAGGCUCCCAGCUUGUAAAAGUUCCAUAAAGAAUUAUCUGUUAAGACUCUUUCCUGCAAAUUGUUUUAAUGCCUGUGGGCUUUAGGACUUUUUGAUUAAAAAAAAAGGGGAAAGAAAGAAAGCAGAACUCAGAAAAACAUACGGAGAAACUACACAACCAAUUUGAGCCUGCGUGUAUAGUGUGAAGACCAAAGGGAGUGACGCUGUGUCAUACUUCUUUGAAUUUGAAAAAACCUAAAAACUUUACCAGUGGGAAGGACCCAUGCAAAUCUCCCCUGACUUGUGAUGGAGGUGAGGUCUGCCUGUUCCCUGCCCUUCCACCAGCCCGAGCUACUUAGAAAAUUGAAGCUGUUGAUGGAGCCUCAGAAACAAAACAGAAAGAAGGUUCCCUCCCCUCUGUCCCAGCAGUGAUCUGAUUCAUCCUAACAAACACUGAAGUUGGUGUAACGCAUCUUCUUUCAUCACAGGCAUGAAAUGCCUGGAGUGUAAGCCCUACAUCCUACUCCAUCAGAUAAAAGCACUGCUAUGCAAAAAAUAAAAAAAUAAAAAAUAAAAUCCUAUGUAUGUCUUUUGGAUGCUGCACCAACCCAACACUGGAAUAUGACGUCACUGUUAAAUGAAAGAAAUGUUCCCCAAAUAAAUGUAGAGCAUGGCACAGAGGCUGGGAAAGGAUACACUUGGUCCUUUAAAAAAAGUGAUAGAGAGACAGAAAAAAGUCUCCCUAAUUCCUAUUUUAAGACAGGUUCUGCAUCUGGGGGUUUUCCUCUGCCAGUCUGCUCUCCUCGCUGUGGCUUUGCUGACAUUCCCUCUACUUGGUGAACAAGCUGUGGAUCCAGCCCCUGCUUACCGAAUUUUUAAAGGUUUUAGCUAUGGUCCUUGGAGGAUCAGGGCCCACAAGAAAACAGGUCUCAGUAUUCGGGGUAAGAGUUUGCAGCAAAAUUUCUUCUUUACAAGAGAUGCAUGUUAAUAAAUAAAAGGGAUGUUUAAACCGUGCAGGAGAAAUAUUAGAUACUCACUGCCAGAGAGAAAAGACAAAUUAAUGAUGCUGGGAGGCUGGAAAUAAUUUAUUUUUAUUUUUUUUCCAUCCCCUCUUUUCCACGCCUUUUUCUUUUUCCAUCUAACAAGUUUAGAUACCCUUGAUGUUGAAUAUGGGAAUAAAGAACAAUACAAAUUUUUCCUGUACAUCCCCCACCAAAAAUCACCAUUUACAGUGUAGGUAAUACAAGAAAUGUUCCCAAACAUGAAAAUAACUGUCAACAAAUGGACCCUUCCCUGCAUCCCGUUUCUCCUUUAGGUAUUUCAUAACGUGAAGAAUUUACACCAGCUCUCGGGUUCUGCUGAUGCACAGCCAAAGGGAGAUGCGCAGCUUUGCUGAGGAAACAUCGACAUACAUGGGCACAGAGGAGGGAGCUGGAGCUGCUUCUUGUCCCGUGUGCCACGGGCGGUGCUUCCAUUGGCAUGACAAUUUAAAGCAACUUCAGGACACUUCUGAAGAGUUCAUAUGAAAAGGAUUAAAUAAGCCUCUGUAGAAAGGAAAUGUAAAUUCAAAUCUACCAUAUUCUAUUAGUUUAAUUACAGUAGCUAUGAAACAUAACUCAAUUAGGCUUAAAAAAAUUCAAUUACAGAAAUUUCCUGCUGUUUUUUACAAGCUGUGUUGAUUUUUCUAUUUCUCCUUCCUUACCCCUCCAUGUGCCCCUUGCUGAUUUUUUAUGAUCUGUCCUAGAGCAACACAAUACACCUCCUGUGUUUGCUAUUGAGUUAAAAAAGCUAUUUCUCCAUGUAGAUCUGCUCUCAACCCAAACCCAUAGCAGACGGGUACGAAAAGAUCGGUUCAAGAAGCAAACAAACAAACAAAAACUCCAGCGAAAAACAAGAUGAAGCAACCACAAAAUCCCCUGCAACGAUGUGUGUGUGUGGAUUUCCUGCUGUGUCCCAAAUCAGCCCAGUGAUGAUGAAGCAUCCUUUGCUUGCCAGCCCUCAAAGGCGUUCUCUUUUAUUCCCAGCCACAUGGACAGCAGUGGCCACGUUUUCCCCUGCUUUCUUGGGCUGCUUGAGGAGGAGACACACAGGCUGAGAUGCCAAUGUCUCUAUAUAUAACCUCUAUAACCUCUUCUAUAAAUGGAGGCCUCUUAUUGAUGAGGGCUCUACUUAGCACCAACAUUGAGCGUGGCCUCCAGACCCUGUGAGCUCAGAACAUGCCUCAGGUCACGAAGUCUUUCUGGUUUCAAAAGAACCUACCAGGAGUUGUAAAGUAAGACCCAGGCACUGCUCUGCACCACUUUGAUGCCACAGGGAAGUAAUUGCAUCAAUCCCAGUGGCGCAGUGCCAGAUUCACAUUGCCAUAGGACAAAGCCAAGACCCAGUAUUCAUUUGUAAAGACUAUAAGAUUUGUCAUGUAUUAACAAAAGCGUAAAACUAUUUGGAAUAGUUUUGUCGACAAGCUAAAAGCCUCUGCAAAAGCUGAGAAAUACACAAAUGAAGCCCGUAGGCUGUUAAAUAGCGCAGCUGGCACCCUACAAAUGGCCAAAGCCUUUUUUAACCACUCUAGCUAUCCAGCAGAGCCAUCUCAAGCUGGAGAAAUUUAGGCAUGUCUGUGCAGUGGAAAAUAACUUUUUUGGUUUAUUUUCUCAUGCCUGGAGGCAAUCAAUUUUUUUUUUCUCAGCUUCUGACCCAGGAUGUCCAGUUAGCUCCAAUAUGUAACUGUGUUUGUGUGUCAAACCUAUACUGCAAAGGAACAAAGGCUUCUAAAGGAGAACAAAAGGAAAUCAAAGUAAUAUACUGUACAGAUCGCUGUAAAAUUGAGCUGUAGUGUAAGAACUUGUGCUUUAGAAUUCACUAUCAAGGAACUCAAAUGUGUAUCAUAUUUAUUUAUUCUGGUAGGUAAAAGAAGAAGAAGAAAAAAAAGAGUUUAUAUUCAUUUCCAAAAAGCUGCAGCAUGAUGCUAUGUACCAAUUGUGCCAGUCCUGCUUUCUGUAAAAUUAUUGCCUGUUUUCAUACGCCACUAAUA